AUGAGUGGUCUGUCUAUAGAUGAUCCAACUCAACAAUAUGAACAAAUGGACUCAGAAAUGGCAGAUGUAUCUAUGGAAGAUGUAAUUGACAAUGAUGUCGAAAUGACCGACGUCUCUCACGGUAUUGCAGAAAGCAAUCUCACUGUAUCCAAAGCUAGCAGUAGCUUAGAACAAACGAAUAGGACGCCCAAAAAAAGUGUUGUCAGCUCUUUACUUUCACCCACAAGAUUGGGCGCUGAGUUGGCGGCACCAGAAGUUGGCGCAGUGGUUUUGUUUGAUCCCGAAAAUAGAGGCAAUAUAGAAGACCAGAGUAAUACUGUGACGAAUGGUACUGCAAUACAGAGCACCAUUACUUCAGAUGACUUCUCAACAGCAAGGGAAAGUGGUUCACAUGUAAAAUAUCCAGGAGUCACCCGCAGAAUUAAUAAAAGCUCAGAAACAAUGACACAAGCAACAGCAAAAGAAGAGUCUCCUGUACAAUCUAUGAAUCUACAAUCGAACUAUGACAUGCCAAUUCCUACGCCUUCUUGGAUAUCCAAUAACCACAACCUUCCGUACGUUAUCAGCACUUACUUACAACUGUUUUUUAACAUCUCUGUCCUAUGCGUAUUCUUAUAUCUAGCAUCAUCUACGGUUGUGUCAUUUUGGAGAGAUGUGGACAAAAAAAUCAGUCUCCACUCGAGGACAGUCCUUAAUGAUAUCAGUAGGUGCACUCGAGAAUAUUUUGAAAACGAUUGUAGACCAGGACUUCGAGCGCCCGCUCUCGAAGAAUUAUGUACCCGACUAGAAAUUUGUAUGGACCAAGACCCUGAGGCCAUCCAUCGCCUGCCACUCAAUGCCGAAUUAUUUGCGGAAAUCAUUAACAGCUUUAUAGAGCCUUUCAGCUUUAGGUCGCUGUUUGUAUCGGUAUUUACAAUCUUGGGUGUUGUAUACAUGUCUAAUUUUGCAUUUGGAUUCCUCCGUGCUAGGACGUAUUUCCAUCCAUCUUCCCCGGGCGCAGUGAAGAAAAUUGGGCCAUAUGAAUUCGUCCAGGGGGACAGCAGCAAGAUCAUGUAUUAA